GCGAUCUGAGCAAGCUUUGAUCGCUCUCAGGUUUCGAGCACGUAUAUUGUUCUUAUACCACCUAGGUACUUCAAUGGGCGAGUUUAGUAGCUGUCUCCCAGCUGACAUUACCUCAUAUAAAGAUCCACCAUGCACGCUACCAUCUCUAUCGAAGAAAAAAUGCAGACAUCGGUCUCCACACUGCAAAAUAUUAUGGCUGUAGAGUCAACUUCGAAACUGUAUACCAUCCUUGAGAACCUCGGCGCUCCUCGUUUCACGACCUCCAGAUGUUUCAUUUACGAUGUCAAGGCAAAUGGUCUCAAAGACCUUCUCAUCACCGCCCAAGACAAGUUGAUUCAAUUCUCGCGUGCAAGGCGCACUCGGCAGACAUUACUGCGUCCAUGAAAUCAUCAGGACCUCCGACUCCUUGAUUCUGUAGACGAUAUGCAGAGCGUCAACAGCUCUGUGCUCGAGUUUUCGUUAGAGAAUGCAUCCAGCAACUCUCCUGGAGAGGAUGGGUCCGUGGCCUCUCAGCCUCAGUCACGAGGGCUAAGGCUGAUUGUUCGCCUUGGACGACCUUUGGCAGCGUGGUGGGGAAUACAAGAUAAUCACGUCCGAUCACAAUAUCAUGGAACGGGCCAAGGACACGACUUCUAUUCAUGACAUGAUGGACAUCAGAACGCUAGAGAUAUUGCAGUUGCAUAAAUUUUGAAGAAAGGGAGUCUAACGCGCUCUCAUUGAU